AUGGUCUUGUCUCACGAGGAAGACAACGACUCGGAGCCCAAUGGUCAUCCUUACUGGUAUGCCAGAAUUAUUGGUGUUUUUCACGCACUUGUCCAUUAUCGGGAUCUCACCACCAACUCGUCAUCAUAUGAUCCAGUGCAAGUUGACUUUGCAUGGGUACGUUGGUUUGGCCGCGAUCUCAGCCACCGUUCAGGCUGGAAAGUGAAACGGUUACAUCGACUCGGCUUCAUCCCUAGCGAAGAUCCCGGAGCAUUUGGGUUCAUUGAUCCCAAAAAUAUCAUCCGGGGAAUCCAUCUUGUUCCAGCUUUUGCUUCUGGCCAUACCUCGGAAUAUCUGCCGCCAUCAAUCAUCCGUCAUCCCUGUGACAAAGACGAAGACUGGACAUAUUUCUAUCUCAAUAUUUUUGUCGAUCGAGAUAUGCUCAUGAGGUUUCGUGGGGGUGGUGUUGGUCAUCGAACAACUCGCGAAGCCACAGAUGGCUUUCUGGAUGAUCGCGAUCCAUUGGACGUACGUCAUGCCAGCGCUGCAGUAGUCUCUGACGAGAACAAAGGUGCCGAGGGUGAUGAAAGUAACACGGUUGACUAUGUGGAAGGGUCUGCUACUCAAGGCAAAGCCAUCGAGCUGGAUGAAGGUGACUCGGACCAGCCUGACUCAGACAACGACGACUACGGCUACUCCGGAAUUCAGCAGGAGAUUGAAGGGGAGGAUUUGAACGAAGAUGAAGGUGACGGAGAGGACGAUGAAGUCGUUGAAGGCAAUGUCGGCGAUGAGAUUGACGACGAGCUGGGUGCAGAGGAUGGUGAGGACAGUGAUGAAGAACUACUAGAGGGUUUCAGCGAGUUCUGA